UCUUCUAGAUGCCUUCUUGAGCCUGCUCGUGGCCACCCACACACACUUGUAAGGAGGAGAGAAGUCGGCCUGGCACAGACACUCUGAAAUGAGGGAUUAGAGGCCGGGAUCUAAGGAGGAAGAGCUACAGCCAGAAGACGAGGGAGCAGGCCCUGAAGACGCAUCUACUGAGAGGUCUGCCAUGGCCUCUCUUGGCCUCCAACUUGUGGGCUACAUCCUGGGCCUGCUGGGGCUGUUGGGCACCCUGGUUGCCAUGCUACUCCCCAGCUGGCGAACAAGCUCUUACGUCGGUGCCAGCAUCGUGACCGCAGUCGGCUUCUCCAAGGGCCUCUGGAUGGAGUGUGCCACACACAGCACAGGCAUCACCCAGUGUGACAUCUACAGCACCAUGCUGGGCCUGCCUGCUGACAUCCAGGCUGCCCAGGCCUUGAUGGUGACAUCCAGUGCAAUCUCCUCCUUGGCCUGCAUUGUCUCUGUGGUGGGCAUGAGAUGCACAGUCUUCUGCCAAGAGUCCCGAGCCAAAGACAGAAUGGCGGUGGUGGGCGGAGUCUUCUUCAUCCUUGGAGGCCUCCUGGGCUUCAUCCCUGUGGCCUGGAAUCUUCACGGGAUCUUGCGGGACUUCUACUCCCCACUGGUGCCUGACAGCAUGAAAUUUGAGAUCGGAGAGGCUCUUUACUUGGGCAUUAUUUCCUCCCUGUUCUCCCUGGUAGCUGGAACCAUCCUCUGCUUUUCCUGCUCGCCCCGGGGAAAUCGGUCCAACUACUACGAUGCCUACCAGGCCCAGCCCCUGGCCACUAGGAGCUCUCCAAGGCCUGGUCAACCACCCAAAGGCAAGAGUGAGUUUAACUCCUACAGCCUGACAGGGUAUGUGUGAAGGACCAGGGGCCAGAGCUCGGGGGUGGCUGGGUCUGUGAAAACCAGUAGACAGCCUCCCCCAGGGCCACAGGUGAGGGACGUUGCCACUGGAUUGUGUCAGAAGGUGCUGCUGAGGAUAGACUGACUUUGGCCACUGGAUCGAGCAAAGGCAGGAAUGGGAGCUGGUGUGACAGCAUGCAGGCUGAACUGUCAAGAUGCUUGUCAAGUCAGACUUUCUGUUUCCUUCAUCCUGGCUCCCCAUCUCCCACCCUGAGUCCCCAACCCUCAGCUCCACUCCACUCCCCCCUGAGGCCAGGCCCCAGAGUCUCCCCUUUACCUUCUGCUUUGCCUGGGAAUCCAUCCCCAAACCCACUAAUCACAUGCCACUGACUGACCCUCUCUGUGAUCAAAGACCCUUCCUCUUGCUGAGGUUGGCUCUUAGCUCAUUGCUGGAGGAUGGGGGUGGGUGGGAAGAAGUGGCGGGUUCCAUGGGCAUGGCGCUAACCUCCUUCUCAAGCCUCCCUGCAAAGAAACUGAUUGGCCAGUAAUGGGCCCUGGAGCCUCAUCCAUCCCACUCUUGUUAUGACUCCACAGUGUCUAGACUGGUUUGCGUAUGAACUGAAAUAAAGCCAUCCCACAGUACGGAGGGAACAGAGAGCAGCUGGGUGUAGAAUGAGAGGGGGAGGGCAGCCUCGGA